AUGCUGUUCCCAACUAAUGCUCGGUGUCUCUUUACACAGUAUAUGCCUCAUAAACCGGAUAAGUUCGGAAUCGAAUUCUGGAUUUUAGCUGAUCUAAGAAGCAAAUUUUGUCUCAAUAUCAAACCGUAUCUACGUAAAGAUGAAAACCGUGUAGAAAAUUUAGGUACUGAUGUGAUCAUGUCACAAAUGGAACCUUGUUUAGGUCGCAAGUAUAAUAUUACUACAGAUAACUUUUUUACAAAUCUAUAUAUGGCAACAAAACUUUUGCAAAAGAAAACAUCAAAUAUUGGAACAGUGAAAAUGGCUUCCAUUACUCUUACAACUUCGCAUAAACAAGAACUUGGUUCUAUUGAAUGA